CUAAUUGUAGGGCAGCUCACUGGGCAGAUUAGGAAGAGAUUUGUCUCUACAGGGAAAAUGCAUAUGAAAAUGAACAAGAACGAAGCAGUGCAUUAAAACAGCUUUGACGUGCUAACAUACUGAACAAUUUAAUCCUCUGUGUUUGUGCAUAUGUGUUAGUGUCUCUGCAUGUAUAUGCCAAUGUGAAUAUCCCACAGUUAUUCACAUUCAUGCAGUAUGUCUGUCUGACCAGAGCCUUUCUGAAUCUCCAGCUCCCCCCCCACCCUCUGUCUGUUGCUCGCUCCCCCUCCUUCACUCUCUGUGUGAGUGUAGUCUGGGCGCUAAGCCAAGUAGAGUGUGUUUUUUUGAAUGAAUACCUGAUGCGGCUGAUGAGGCUGGCUGGGGGGAGGAGCUGUGUCAGUGGAGUACUGAGAGAGAGAAAGAAAGAGGAGGGAGGUAGAGAGGGAAAGGGAGAGAGGCAGAAACAGAGAGAGAGAAGCAGCCAGGCAGAGAGGGAGCUGGCGGUCUGGUGGCCUUGCAUAACACACGUUGGAGCAGCCUUGAACACAGGACUUGGUGUUAGCUUCAGCAGUGGGGAACUUUUACCGUCAGCCCGCUGCAGGCGCAGCGUAGCCUCCAAAACCGGAGAGUCCAGAGAGGAAGGCAGAGCUGGAGCAGCUACAGAACAGGCUUCAGGAGGGGAGAGCGGCACAAAGGAGAGAUUCAGGAAGAGGAGUCCUAGGAAACACGUCUCCCAACACACAUACACACACACACACACACUGAGAGGCAGGAAGAAUCCUUGGACAUGCUCUGCAAGCAGUGGCUGUGGAGAGACUGAUUCCUGCCGACAUCAAGGAAGAGGUGGAUCGGUCAGAGAUGAUUCCUCAUGAAGUCUAUGGAGCUCAUUUUGUGAGCUGGAGUGACUCUAUCUUCUCUGGUCUGAGGCCUGGAUCUGUCUACCAGUGAACGCAAAGAGAGCCAGAGCCACACAGCACACAGAGAGGCCGGCCCCUGCACAUAACCAUCAAGUGGAGGAGAGAGCGAAAGACAGACCCAGAAGAACUUAGAAGUACUACCUGGUAAUAUUAAGACCACGCUGGCACAAUGAAAUCCAACCAGGAGCGGAGUAAUGGAUGCUUGCCUCCUAAAAAGCGUGAGAUCCUGGCUCUGGAGCAGAGGCCAGUGGCAGUCGCCACAGCAACACCUCCAGCUGCAGUGGUUACUGACAGUCCUCACACAGAGAACCUAGCGUGGCUGGCAAGUGUAGCCAGUGAACGCUGCAAAUCCAGGGAUGCAGAGAGCCCAAGAUGUCCCAUAUCCUCCGCUUCUUCCUCUUCUCCUUCCACCUCUAUCCCCUCCUCAACCACUCCUCUGUCUGCGGUGCCCCUGGCCUCUCUGCCUGCAGUUUACCCCACAGCCCUUCCCCAGCAGGCAGGGACUAUCCAGUUUGCUCAGCUGGGACCCAACGUUCAGUUCAUCAGCUCUGGGCCGUAUGCCGGCUACAUCUCCUCUCACAUCAUCUCCACUAAUGCUGGCUCUGCACCAAACAGCUCUGCCAUAGGACAGCGUCCCCACCUGGAUGGUUACACCACUGCCCUCAUCUCCCCCAACACCAAAGGGGAGCAGCAGUUUCAAAUUGGCCUCUCUCCCACAGAACUGGCUCCUGUGUCACUUCCAAGCUCUCCCCAAGUCACCAGCCAGUACAUCCAUCUGGACAGCAGAACACCUCUGACUGUCAGCGGAAAUGCCGUUACUUCACAGACGGCCCACCUCCAGCUCCACCCUCACACAGCCGUCCUCCCUCAAACGCUUACCCUCGCUCCCUCCCAGCUGUUGGUUCAAUAUGCAGAUGGUUCAGUGGGAAAGAAACCAGAGGGGCAUGCUAAGGGUGUGCUGAAUGGGGAAUUUGAGAUGGUCAAACAGACUAAAACUCCCAGUCAUCCAGCGAACCAUCAUCAGGUCCAGAGCUAUGAGGCCAGACAUAUCCUCCUACCUGCAGACUAUGGCCAAAACCCUGCAGGACUCCAGACCUCCUUGGUGCUGGUGGCCCAGCCCAACCAUGGAACUGAACGUGAAGCUGGCUCAAAUAAGAUCUCCUUAGUCCAGACUGAGAAAGGAGGUAUCUGCCUGGGGAAACCAAUGUCCAGAUCUUCCUCUUUCACCUCCCUCUCUUCCUCAGAGGUGGUUAAGUCUGUUGCUCCUCACACAGUCAUCCAGACCACUCUACCCUCUGAGGAGCUGCCAGCCAGUCUCUAUUCCUCCACACAGCCACCCAUCAUUGGCUAUAUCACCAGUGCAAACCAGCAUGCUGUCAGCUACCAUGCGACACUGCCUCAGCACCUGGUCAUCCCGAGUGGCCAGUCCCUCCUCAUACCAGUCAGUGGCACCAAUAACGGCACAGAAAUUGAGGUUAGUCGUUCUAUCGGCGCUAUAACUGCCAACACUACCCCUCAAAUAUCCACCGCCAUGCCACAUGCCUAUCUGGCCACAGCCCUGUCCAAGUGUGAGGCGCUUGGGCCAGAUGGAAAUCAACCACCCCCUGCCGCCGCACAGGCACCAGUGCUGCCAGCCCUGCCUUCAAACCCUGCUCCUGCAGUGGUGUCAGCUCCCUCCCCAACUCCUGCUCCUGUCCCCACUCCUGCCCCUGUUUCCAUUCAAGCCUCCCCCUCCAUCUCCUCUUCCUCUUCCCCUGUGGCGCUUCCUCCGUUCUUCAUGCGAGGCUCCAUCAUCCAGCUGGCCGAUGGGGAGCUUAAGCGUGUGGAGGACCUCAAGACGGAGGACUUCAUCCAGAGUGCUGAGAUUAGCAGUGAGCUGAAGAUUGACUCCAGCACUGUUGAGCGUAUUGACAGUGGGCAAAGUCCUAAUGCUGUGGUCAUACAGUUUUCUGUGGGAGAGCUCAAAGCCCAGGUGUGUGUGGAGGUCCUGGUAGAGUAUCCCUUCUUUGUAUUUGGCCAGGGCUGGUCGUCCUGCUGCCCAGACCGGACCACCCAGCUGUUUGAGCUGUCCUGCGCUAAGCUCUGUGUGGGUGAUGUAUGCGUGUCACUGACCCUCCGCGGCUUGAGGAACGGUUCAGUAACAGACAGCCAGACUUUUGGGACCAAGCUGAGGACUGGUCACUCCUCUGACUCCCGUCACAAUGUGGAUGCCACUGUAAGAAACAGUAUGAGUCCAAACGCUGCAGGCAGUAACAGCGGCCUCCUCAUGAAGGCUUCCAGUGCAGACAGGCUAGAGAGGGAGCAGGUAACUGGACCAGGACCAGGACUAGAGCUACCUCCAGGAUUGGGACUAGUUCCAGGACAAGGGGAGGGUAUCUACGGAGCUGGACCAAUGCUGGCAGUCUCUGGGACUGAAGAAGUAAGACAGGAAUCAGUGAAAACAGACAUGCCUGCUCUUACCAAAAUACAAUGUGGGGAUCCAGAGAGACCCACAGGUCGCAAGAGACGCUGGUCAGCUCCAGAGCGAGACCAGACUGAGAGAGCUGAGGAGGAGCCUCCUCUGACUCUGCCCAAACCCUCCUUUAUCCCUCAGGAGGUUAAAAUCUGCAUAGAGGGCCACUCCAGUGCUGGGAGUGAAAGGCGUUUGAACAAAAGAGUAGACUGUUGAAAGAACUUAAAGGAACUUUGAUUACCUGUGGUUUGCUUUGUGUUUAUCCCCUCUCUUUUCUCUCUAUCCAGACUACUGUAAUAUAGGCUGAGUUUAUACAGUAUUUACAUGUUUUCUUUUCUUUCACACAAGUCUGAUAUCUACGAUGAAGUACAGUAGAGCACCUUCAUAAGUGGUAUCACACACGAGAUCAGUGCAAUCAAUGCUGAAAGCAAAAAUGAAUGCAGCGUGAAUGUCGAGUAUGAAUUGCAGUCAGACACCUGAGAGACAUUCGACUUACGUAUCACAUAUCAUUAGCUUUGGAUCUCCUUUGUCACGUGGCUUAAAUCUGUUGGAUGCAGACCAGUCAACCAUUCCUCUUAUGACAUGAACAAGCACAGUCCCAGAUGUCAGCAUGUAGAAAGUGGAUAACAAUAUUUUGACUCUCAUCUUGUUUGUUUCACUGUUUAUUUGGUUUGUAGUGACGUUUAUGAGUGGUUGGAGUCAAAGAGAGACCUUUGGUGUUUCAAUGACAAGGCUCAAUCAUCAUGGCUGUGAUCUCUGCUGCCUUGUGUAUCUUAUGAGGUUUUGAGUUUUAUUUUAUUAAGUUUUUUGUUUUGUUUCGUACUGUUACAGAUGUGUGUGCUACCACAGGUGGCCUUGUGCCACUUGUCUCCAUGUGUAUGUGCCUGAGUGUGUUUUCCUGUGUGACUGUCGGACAGAGCACAGGAUUAAGGUGUGUUUGUGUGGCUGUAGCUGAGAGCUCAGUUGUCAAUACAACCUGCAAAUAUCAAGACUGAAAAGGCCUGAAUGUAAAUCACUGAAUUUGUCCUCGAUACUGACUCAUGAAGUCACACAUGUGCUGUUUGCUACACCAAUGAUGACGAGUAUGCUGAGAAUCUGAUACCAUUGCUUCAGCAGUUGCACAUGGGUGCAUUCCUCUGAUGAAGUUCCUCAGUGAAAUUUACCUUUAUACUUUAUUUUCAAAGUAUUCCUUUCAAGGACAGCAUGUGUCGCUAAGUAAUGUCCAUCUUUAACCCUGGCUGCUAUGAGCAGCAUUUCAAAUUAGGAAAAAAUUAAGUUAUUUUAAUUUAAUAGCUAUGAAUUAAUUUUUAGCCAAUUUAUGUAUGGACUCAGUCCUCAUACUGCAAUAUAAACCAUAGUUUGCUAAGUUGGCUAACUGCUUUAAUUGAUUUUUUUCGCCAACCUUUUAGAUCUAAUACGGCAAACUUCAUAUCCAGCAACGUUAACAUUCAUUUGGUGUCUUGGUUCAGGCGGUCUGAUAAGUUCAUCCCGCUUUUAGCUCUGUUUUGGUCUCGACCAACUGCUGAGGGAAACAUCUGGCCCUUUAGUUGCUAAAUUCUCCAUCAUGUUCACCAGCCUAGUUGCUAACUUUGUCUGUGUGCAGUUUGCUCCUGGGCAGGUAGUUUAUCAUGGGUUUAUCAGAGCUUUUUCACUUAAAACAACUGUGAGAGAAAGAUGCAGGGCCAUAAAACCAAAACAAUGAGCUGAAGGAUGCUAAAUAGCUCUGCAGAGCUGAGAGGAACUGCAGAGUAAUAAUUCCUUUCAAAUUACACAUCAGACCCAUUGUUAAUAUAAAAAUAUUGAUUGAGGCAACUUAAAAUGCAAACAUACUAUAAGACAAAAAAUAAAAAACAUGGCAUAAUAUCUACUUAUUGAUGGAAAAAUUGUACCAUCCCAUUCUGACCUAUCCUGUUGCUUUCUUUACAGAAACUAUGGCCUUAGAUAUAUGUACCUAGUUCAGAGCAGCACAUGGUUUUUUAGGGUUUUACCAUAAAAAUAAAACCUAUUUUCCUCAAUGAUGGUAUGCCUUUCUUAAGUCCAUACCUGUUAUAUCAGAGUACUGCUGUUUUGAUUAAAACAGCUUUCUUUCUCUUAGUGUACAUGUCAUUUCUUUCUUAGAGUAGAGCCAAAAUAAAUAUCCUACAGUUCAUACUCAGGAACAGUGUGUAUCUGUAUGUGUGCGUAAACAGACAGUGGUGUGUAUGUGUAUGUGUGCGUUCUGAGCAGCAGCACUUUGAUGAAGCGUCCAGCGGCAGUGUGGUGGUGGUGGUGGUGGUGGUGUCCCUGUUCCUCAGCUGUUAGAUAUAAUGAGAAUAAUCAACUGACUGUUUUUCAUAGCAUCAUGUCCUACAGGUUUUAUCAUUGAGAGAAAACAUUAUAUACCAGAGCAGGGAAUGUAAACACACAUCGGGUAAACUAUCUCAACUUUAUUUUUGAUGACAGAUAGAGCUACUAUACAGAGAAGGAAACAGAGUUGUAGAGUUAACUAGCCAGCUAGUGUUGAUCAUGUACAGUAAAUAUCCUAGAGAGUGUACAGUGUGUGUAUAGAUAUUCGAACCCUUAUGUAGCCUAUGUACUGUAUGUGCCACAGCGCCUCCUUCUUCAAUCAUUCCAUUAACUCACCAAUAUCAAGUGCUCCUGCUAUCGUUUUUGUCAGUUCGGGUAUUGAUCUAAUGUUCAUGAAUGUGCUACAGUUCUUUAGGAACAUCUACAUAAUUUGGCCUCCUCAGAAUUAAAUUUGACUUGCACACUGUAACAUACAGUAUGUGUGAAUAUGAACUGCAAUUUAUCAUAAUAGCCAUGAACCUUUUCUAACUCCUGAAAGGUGUUUAUUGUAAACCCAGACUGUUCUCUUCUGUUUGUGUUUGACUGCUCAGGCUAAACACUGCCCAGUGACUGUUCUUCUCCAAAAUGAUGUGGUCUUAUAUUUUUCACUGUUACAAAGUAGAGGUACUGUUUCAUCAGUUUGUCUCUGUAGCCAUUUUCUCUCUCCGGGAGCCUGGCCUGUGUUUGUAUGUUUUCUUUAAGAAAUUGUUAUUUUUCAAAUACAGACCUGAAAUGACUUCAUGGCACAGGCAAAUAUAUGAAAUGUAAGAUUGAUGCUUAAAGGAAUAAUUUGAAAUUUUUGAGAAAUACACUCAUGCGCUUUCUUGCUGUGAGUUAGGUGAGAAGAUUGAUACCGCUCUUGUGUUGGUAAAUAUGAGACUACAGCCAGCAACUGGUUAGCUUAGCUUAGCACAAAGACUGGAAACAUGGGGAAACAGCUAGCCUGGCUCUGUCCAAAGGUAACAACAUCCACCUACCAGCACGUCUGAAGCUCACUAAUUAACAUGUAACAUGAGGAGUAAAAACAUCACGCUGUGGUUUUACGGAGGGGUUAUAUGCCAGACAACUUCUUGGCUGGGUGUAGUAACUUCCCUGGAGUCUUGUUAUCAUUGUGAGUUUGUCAGGCAACCAGUGGAGACUCAAGGAAAUAGUCCAGCACAUUCCACCUUGUAAAACCACAAGGUGUUGUUAUUACAUUCCAGUUUUUAUACAGAUUAAACUAACAAGAUAUAGGCUAACGUGCUAAGCUUUGAUAACUGGCUGCUGGUGGUAUCUUCAUAUUUACCGUAUAGACAAGAGAGUGGUAUCAGUCUUCCCAUCUAUGUUUCGGCAAGAAAGUGAAUAAGCUUUUUUUAUUCCCAAAAUGUUGAAAUAUUCCUUUAAAGGGCCUGCACACCCACACAGUUAUUGUGGUUAAUUAGACCUCAGCUCAGGUUGAAGUUGGGAGGAGCUCUGCUGCCCCAACAGGUGCAACAAGGAGUUGUCAAUCAAUCACUCUGUACACACCCUCUCAGUCCUGAGAAGAGGUCUAAUCAAGCGGAAUAAGUGCAAACACCUGUGAAGGUGGCCCACAGGUGUGUAGGGACUUUAAGUUCAAAGGUUCAGUAAUAAUAAUAAUAGUAACCUCUUUUGCUCACAAAUAUACUCAAGCUGGGCCCCUUAAAAUAUGUAAUUUUCAGAGCCUUUCUAAAUAAUGUUGAAUAUGAUGUAUAAGCACUGCCCUGUGGUGAUCUAUGGAAUUGCACUUUGUCAUAUGGGGGUGGGGGUGGGGGGGUGUUUUAGUCUAACUAAUACACAGAAGUAAUGUACAGCAGUCUGAGAGAAAUUGUACACUAACAGUACAGCAUCUCAGUGAUUUGUAAAUAGCCAAAGUCUUCCAUUAUAAUGUUGGUAUGACCUUGUUGCCAGUGGAGAGGAUACACACUGAUCCCCAUGUACAGACCUUUGAAGUGAAGUUUAAUUCAUUUAUUUGACAGAAAUACAGGAUAUUGCUUCACCUAAGAUAUUUUCUUUUGCACCAGCUAAAAAAAACAACUGGAAAUUACGGGAGUAAAAGACUUUAAAAAAAAAAGAUUUUGUAAUUUGAGUCUGUUUGUUGGAUAAAUCUCAGCUAAGAUACAGUAUGUCCUAAGUACAGUAUGUAGUAAGUAUCAAUAAUGUUCCCUUAUUUUGAUGGUGUUUGAGGUUUGCUAGUCAGAAACUGUUAAAUCUUUACUUCAAAUGUUUGAUUUUACAUUUGAUCAAAUAUAUUCAAAGAAAUAAAGAGUCUAAAGAAAA